AUGGCUGAGCCAAUAUCCUCCACGGCGGAACAGAAGCGCCUCUCCCGCAAGCUAAACAGACAAGCUCGCGCCAUCUCGUUCUUCUGGCGUCACCUCUUCACCAUUCGUGUAUCCCUCCUCGUCGUUGGCCUAGUGUGGAUCGCAGCCCUCCCCUCUCCCGCACUAUGGAAAUCCACGUUCAUCGACGAACACGCACUCAUGCCAUCUGGUGCCCGGCCUCUUUGGGACUGGGCCGACGUGGCUGCUGCGGAUACGUAUUUGGUCGGCGUCCAAGACUUGGCGGAUCGGAAUGCCAGUUGGGCUGCAUGUGCCGAUUUCUUCGUCAAGGAGUUUGGGCUGGCCGGGUUGGAGGCGGGACGGACCGAAGAUAGUGUUUACGCCCGGGUUACGCCGCCGCGGAGUGAAGGGACAGAAGCGAUCCUCGUCAGUGCGAAUUGGAUGAGUCGCGAUGGGGUGGUUAAUGCGCGGGGGACCAGCUUGUUGUUGGCCCUCGGCGCUUUCUUCAAAGCCCACGGUCACUACGCGUUCGACAUCUACCUCGUCGUCGGAGACGGCUACAUCACCGGCCUGAAUGACUUUAUCAGCAACUAUGACGGCCGCGCAAACAUCUGGACAGCCUUCAACAUCGACUACCCUUACCACAGCUACAAGUCGAUCGGGCUGUACUACGAGGGCGUCAACGGUCGCCUGCCGAACCAGGACAUUGUCAACGUUGCGGCACACGUCUCGCGCUGGCUCGGCGGCACCGAAUCCGCACCACACGGGAUCGACCCACAAGCACCACACACUUACACCACCGGCGUGCUCACCCUCGUCGAGCACUUCAAGUACGCCGCGCUGGGCCGUCCGAGCGCAGCCCACGGCGUGCUGGCCAAACACCGCAUCGACGCAGUGACAUUCUACGCCCACCCGUCCGACGGACCGCACGGGUAUUACUCCCUCGGCAAGAUUAUCGAGGGCGCUGUCCGCUCAGCCAAUAACCUCCUGGAACGGCUACACGCCAGCUUCUUCUUCUACCUCCUCCCCGCGCCCGACCGCUUCCUCCCGGUGGGACACUACCUUCCCGCCGCGGUGCUUCUUGGAGCGUCUCUCACUCUUGGGGGAUUCGACUGCCCCGCUCCCCUCGAAGGAGCGUUCUGGCUCCUCCCGCCCUUCCUCUUCGGCGCGGUCGGGUGGCUCGUUGGCACGCCGCUCCUCGCCGCCCUCGCACCUAUGCUCCCAAGACCGAAAGGCGACGCCCGUCGCUCCCUCUCUGCCCUCGCCCAUUUGGGGUAUGGUGCACUCAUCCCCACCCUCGCCAUGGUCAACUUUCCCCAAGCGCUGCUGCUUGCCGUCCUGGCCAUCACGUUCCUUGCUCCACUUCCCAAAGCCGGCAAGUUUGUCAUUGCAGGCUUGAACCCCGCCCUCCUAGCUGCUGCGGGCGUCGACCUCCGCGCCGAGUGGGAGGCGUGGGGAAACGUCGCGUGGCCCGCGGUCUUUGCCAUCUGGAUGCCGCUCGCGGGCAUCUCGGCCAUGACGUAG